CACGGCCUUAGCGUGAACGACCGGUCCAGAUAGCGCGGGCUCGAGAUUAAGCCCACGCACAAAACUGGCGGCAAGCAUGCAUGCCGUCCAGUCUGCACGUUCGCUUUUCAGUUCUGACAGCUUCCGAAGAUCUCUUAUCUAUUACUACUACUACUUCUACUCGCGACUUGACUCCGGAUUUUGCCUCUGGAGCUCCGCGUCAAUAUUCUCCCCCGCGAUAGCGUCUCGGCGCUUGCCGUGACGAUAAAUUUCUGAAGAAUGCUCCCCUGUCUUCUUCUUCCCCAAUUAUCCAGCAAGAGCGCUUGCUUGGUGUCAAAAUGGCGGACGUAAAGGAGCUUCAAUCUGUGGAAGUUCUCCAAGAAAAGUCCAUGUCAUCGGGGGACCCGGAGGCCAAUGCUAGAAUCAAGACCACCGCACAAGGCAUCCCUCUGGUCCCCCAGCCCAGUGAUGAUCCAGAGGAUCCCUUGAAUUGGAGCCAAUUCACCAAAAUUGCAGCUCUUAUGGUCCUCGCGUUCGAAUCAUUCCUGGUCAAAUUCUCGGCCACGUUGAUUGCUCCUGAUGCAUUGGAGCUGGCUGAAGAAUUCAAUGUCCCCGAGACAACCGCGACGUACAUCGGAUCUGUACCUUCCAUCUUAAACGCAAUAACCUCCUUCUUCUGGAUCCCGAUGAGCCACCGAAUAGGUCGACGGCCAGUACUUCUCAUUGGCAAUCUGAUGACCUUGGUCAGCGCGAUCGGGGUGGCUCGAUCCCAGACAUAUGCGCAGUGUUUAGCUUGUCGCAUGCUCAUGAAUGUAGGUGGCAGCGUUGGGUUGUCCAUCGGACCCGCUGCUAUUUCUGAUAUGUUUUUCUUGCAUGAGAAGGGGUCGCGGAUGGGUGUAAAUAGCAUUUUGCUCGUUAUUAGUCCGUAUGUGGGCGGUGUCGCUGGUGGCUCGAUUGCAUACAAUAAGAGCCUCGGAUGGCGGUGGUCCAUGUACAUCGCAGCCAUCCUGUACGCCACACAAUUCGUUGCCCAGAUCUUCUUUGUGCCCGAAACCAUCUAUACACGAAACGAGAAAACCAGCGCCGAGUCCAAGCCUUCCGACCGGAAGAAGUCCAUGUUCCUGUCCCGCAUGAAGUUUCGCAAACCAGUGGUCCCCAAGGAAGAGACUUGGGGCCAAACCUUCCGCAAGCCAUACAAGAUGUUCGCUUAUCCCGCCGUUGUUCUUCCGUCUUUCUGGUUUGGCGUCGCAAACAUGACUGAAGUCGGAAACACGGCCGGAUUUGCGCUCAACUUCGGUAGCAAGAGCCGCUUUCACUUUAACUUGGCUCAAGUUGGCUUUUGCUACUUCUCCGGUAUCAUUGGUGCCGGCAUUGGUGAGAUUUUUGGUGGGCCACUCUGCGAUAUGGUCGCCAAAUACUCCUUACGACGAGGUCAGGAGUGGAGACCGGAACGUUUGCUUCAUCUUGCGUGGUCUGCUCUCAUCACCAUCUCGGCUGGUCUCCUCCUGUACGGACUUGAACUCGAAUAUGGUGACAGCUGGGCUGCAGCCCUCACUGGAAUCGGUCUCUUCACUUUCGGACAGGAAGUCCUCGUCACUGUCCUGUUGACAUACAUGACGGAGUGUUACCCGGAAGAUGCAGCAGAGGUAGCCAUUGUCUUCCAAUUCUUCUUUGCUGUCCAGACAUUCCAUCCCCCUUUCUAUCUCCCUCAGUGGAUCAAGCAACCUGGUGGAGCCAAGGUCCCGUAUAUAGUUUUCGCAGCACUACCGAUAGUGCUGUAUCCCUUCUGCAUCUCGUUGUUCACCUGGAAGGGUCCGCAGAUCAGAAAAAGAGGACCUUUCUUUGUUCUAUGAGUUGCAUCGGGCAUGUCUUAUGAAUAACUUGCUUGCAUUUGCAUGAUACGGUCGUUUCGGCUUUUGAAUUCGCAUUGGAUCAUGUGUCAUCAGGGAAAGGGUUAAACGUAAAGAGAAAGAAAACCCGGGGAAGAGAAAAAAAAGAGAAAAGCCCAUGAUCGCGCAUUUGCAGGUGUCUUACGACUACGGUGCAUAUUUAUCUUCUUGCAAUAAUGAAUCUAUGGUGGGAAAAAUACAACGACUCAGAUAUCAAUAGGAUUAGCUGCAUCUCAAAAUGAUACCUUCUCUAUGGUCUCCUAGAC